UUCAUUUUUUUUUUCACAGACAAAAUCCACCUCUCGUGUAAGGAUGAAUGUAGAGGAUGAAGGUGAUGGUGGUGGAGGGGAGGCUACUAUAGAAAAAAGGACACGUUUUUCACUUUCACAUGAUGAAGGAUCUAUUGGCAAUACUUCAGACAAUUUGGAAGCGAUUAGUGAAGCUGCAAGCAAUCACAGUGUGGCAUCAAGCCUUGACGAUGUUGAGCAGGAAGAUCAGCCUGAUAACUUGUCAGACAUGGUAUCAGCAAAUGUGUCUGGCCGUGGAACUCCCAAUGUUUCUGGCCGCGACACUCCCUCAUCGCAGGUAACAGAGGGAGAAGAAGCUGGCUUGAGAAGUGGGGAAGAAAACCAACCACCACCACCCAAUGUCCCGGUGACUGUCCCUAAACCAGCAAGAGCAGAUAUCGAGGAAAAAUUUGGACGUUUUGAAAUUAAGCCGCUAAUAGGAGGAGAUGAAACUAUAUCUCUAGUUUCCGAUACUUGGAGCACUGAUGUGUUAGCCAGUGAUUCAGAAACAAUUGAAGCUGCAGAUCGUGGGGACCAGUUUCACGAUCAACUUUUAAAUCGACAUUUAGCAGAAUUGGAUAGAAUGCAAGGAGAUUACCUGAGUGGAGAUGCUACUGGAGAGACAUUUGAAACUGCAUCAGAAGCUUGGAGCACAGAUGUUCUAGCCUCUGAUUCAGAAAGGAUGACAGAGUUUGAUACAGAUGAUGCACAAAGUGUUGCACGGUCAGAUGACACAGGGCGAUCAGAAGUUGAAGUUGAACUGGGUGGAAGUGACUUGCUGAGACCUGAACCCUUACAUCAUGAAGAUAAUGUUACACCACGUGCGCAUGGCUCUCGCUCACCAGUUGAUGGAACACUGAGUGGGGCCAUGGGAGGAAGCAGCAGUGGAGGGAUAUUGAAACCAAUGCCUGUUUUGCCACAUUCAUUAACCUCAGAUUCAGGUAACAGCAUACCUAGUGGUAUUCUGAAACCCAUUCCAGUAUUGCAAAAUAGGGCAGGCAGACCAGCAACUCCCCCACGAGUAGAAUUUCAACCUAUCCAUCCAGCAGAAGACCAGUGCCUCAUGGACCAAUUACCAUCUGACAGAGAAGAAGAGUUGCCACAAGCAGAACAGGAAAUUGCAUCAGCCACACAAUCUCUGGGACGUUUAAGCCUUAACCUUUCAACACUCCCUAAUAAUGGUAUUGUGUCAGGUGACCAACACCUUUUACUUAAUACUUUUAUUGGCGAUAGUAGUAGGGGAGGCUCCAGUGCCCCUCUAAUGGAUUUGGGGAGCAGCAAUGAAGGAGGACACAUUGUUAUUCAUCCUCAUCAUAAACUUGUGUCCAGCGAUCGUGGUUCAGGUGAGGACAGCAGCUUACAUCUGAGUACAACUAGUUUAGCAUCUUCCAGCAGUUCUGGAUCUGAUGUAGUUGGAGGCUCUGGAAAGUUACGCUCUGCUUCUAAUGCUAGUUCUGGUCCUACAACAGAUUCGGUUGAUAAUCAAGAGCUAAGUGCACCGGCCAUCAGUAUGGCAGCCACAGGAGCAAUACCAAAAAGCAUUAGUUUUGAUAAAACAGCUGAAAGAGGCGAUCGUGAUGCAAUUGAUGGUGAUGCAAAACAUAAACGAGGAUUUUUCAAAAACUUCAAACUCCCAGGGUUUAAAGGCCGCCGUAAACCAGGCAGCAGACCUGGUGAUGAUUCAGCAUAUAUACGUUCAGGGCUUAAUAGCCAAGAUCUGACCAUAAGACGAGCUUUAUCUGAAGAUAAUCGGCCUCCAACAAUCGAAGAAACCAGUGAUGAUAUCCUGGCAAAAUACCGCAAUAAGAAGCCAGAAAUGGAUACCUCAGAGCCUGAUGGCAUGGUCUCUGCCCAACACAAUCUCCAAGUCGGUGAAAUAGCAAAAACAGAGGAAGAUGAAAGACUGUACAUAGACCCAAAUAGUAUUGAAACAAGUUAUGCCUUUGCUGAUGCCAAAAGAAAACUGCGACUAGUAUUAAGCAUUGCAGAUUUCUCCAUGUCUCCUUAUUUACCAGAGUUUGGGGCUCCAACAGGAACAGAUUCUAGCUUAGACAACGAUGUACUGACGUGGUUGAGGUGUCAGCUGGCAGAAGCUACCAACCUUCAUGACCGUUCUCUUGUGGCACAGUUGCAUGAAACUUUACGCUGUGUGCAGCUCUUUGAUUCACAGGGCCGAGAGCACCUUGUUAGAAGUUUGGUUGAAGACUAUCGAAGCAGAUCGCCCUAUGUUGCUUACCUUGUUCGUAGUAGACAAGGCCUUCUCACAACUAUUGCACACCUGGAAAAACUUUUAUCAAGAAUUAAUGCUGAUGGGGCUGUUGUCAUGUCGUCAAUCGUUGGAGUUUGUGUUCGAAUGUUCCUUGAACGUCGAGAACAGAGCCUCAGUCGAUUCACUCAUGAUUUCACUGUACUUACUGUCCCUGAUGAGAAAGUUCAACUUGUAGAAAAUUUCUUAUCACAACUUUUUUCUGAACUUGAACGGGAUCCAAUGUGGAUAAGUAGCACAAAUGAACAGUUGCUUGCAGCUCAGUUAGCACUAGAACGUGUGGUAAUGUCGCACAUCUACAUACAUGCUCUUUAUCCUAAUGGUGAUGGAGAUGUAUCCAGGGAUCAGGUGCUUCAUGACCACAUGAAAAAACUAGCUGCUGUUAUCACACCAACCCAUAAGGAUCUCAGGAUACCCAAGUUGUACCAGUAUGAAUGCCCAUGGCCCAGUGCUCAGGCUGAGAUUGUGUGCAUCAGUGCAUACAAGACUCCAGGAGAUAAGCUGCAGUGUGUUGUAAGAGCUUCCCAAACAAUCAUGAACUUGUUAUCCCUUGCACAUGAUCAGUCGGUCCCUGCAGCCGAUGACUUCAUGCCUGUCUUAGUCUAUGUGCUUAUCAAGGCAAAUCCACCAGCACUUCUGUCCACUGUGCAGUACGUUAAUCUCUUCUUUGAGAAAAGGCUGAAAGGAGAGGACCAGUAUUGGUGGACACAGUUUUGUGCAGCUAUCGAGUUCAUCAAGACUAUGGACUACAUGCUUUGACAGGCUGAUUGUAUGUCCGAGCUAGGACAUUGUAUGUGCCAUUAUUAACCCCUCAUCUUCAGCUGUAAUCUUGCUAAAAAUGGGAUCAGCUGCUUGAUGUACAUAAAAUUCAUGAUAGCUCAUUUUCAAAGGCUGUGUGAGGAUAGCCAAUGAGAUGUUGCACAAAUCUCGGUAAUUCUCAAAAGAUUGAACAAGAAUUGUGUCCAGUAUCAGGUAAUUGAACCUGCUUCAGGCUGUGUUAACAGUAGCUUUUUCAUCAUUGAAAAAUGUAUGAAUCUGAGUACAUGCACUGUUGUUAUCAGUGUUGAAGGGGUGAGUCAUUUUGUAAAGCCUAACAAAUGUGUCAUUGUUCUGCAUUUUAAGAUAAAUUUAUUAAAUUCAUUGGAUGCUUGUAGUUUUUUUAAUAAUAUAAAUAAUUAUUAUUACCAUUGGUUUGUCUGUCAGCUAGCAGUUAGGCAAGAUUUAAUUAUAAUUGAUGUUGGAAAAUAUCAGUGCUUAUUUGUACUAUUAUAGUUUCUAAGCAUAUUUAAAUGAUUUUUAUAUAGUUUUUUUUUCUUUUAAUACAAUAAAAUCAUUAUUUACAUCUGACAAUAUGCACUCCUUUAUACAAGAAGCCAGCUUUCACAGAAUCUUUUCCUGAUUACGUACAUGGUAAGAGGUCAUCUCACAUUCCGCCAUCCUUGCUUCUCCAUAUUACUGGUUAAUGCAGUAUUGGGGCAGCAGUAUUGCUAAAGGUAUUGUUUCCUAGCCAGAGAGAUGCAGGGUCAUAUCUGCAGCUGCACAGGGUUUGUGGAACAUUAUUUACUGUUGUAUGCAAUGAAUCAACAACUCCAUCAGGCUAAUAUCCAAGACUAACUUUACUCCCCCCAUAUGGUUGCCACUUUACAACAAUUUAGGAGACAGCAUAAAAGGAUGAUAGUUUUAAAAUACAUUAAUUCCUCUGCAGAUUUAAAUGGUUGUGUAGAUCUUAUGGUUGUAGACAAAUACAGUAAUAUAUAGGGAUUAUUUAAAGGCCUUAAUGCCUUGUAGAGGAAUGAUAUACUGGAUCACUAAUGUAUAUUUCUCUGUGUUUAUAAGUAGUUUGAUCAGGGAUCUAGUUAUGUAGGUAUUUGCAGGUCUUUUUAGAAAGAGUUUAUACUCUCACUGUAUAAUUUGAUCAUAAGUGAGUUUUCCUUUGCUUUGUGCAUGGCUUUCCGGUAAUUAUUGUACAAUGUCAUUUUUGUAUUAUUUAUGUUCGAAGAGGGAUGACAGAAUUUAUUGAAAGACCAGUAUAUAUUUGUGUGGCUGUUAAGGAUUUAUUUUUGAAGUAGUACUCACCAAAGACAAAAUUGUAAACAGCUCCUGAAAAAGUUUUGUCGUUACUAUAUUUUACAAAUCAUAUCUGGUUAUGUUUCUAUUAAAAACGAAACUGAAUUUUAGAAUUUGCUUUUAAAAACUUUCAUAAAUUGUGUUUUCAGUAAUUUUUUUUUUUUUAUGAGCAAACCUUCCUCUGAUAAUUUGAAAUAACGUAGAAUAAUUCUGGUCUCAGUGAAGCAAAUUCCAACUAAUUAGAGAAGUUUGCUCCUAAUACACACACUGUACAUGGCUUCAUGGCAGGUGAUUAACUCUUCAUUGUACAUGCUCACUUAAUAGUCUUAAAAAUGUUCUUCCAAAGAAAAUUUGAGUUGCAUCUACUCAUUAAUUGUAUGAUAAUAUCUAUAUUAAACCAAAAAUUUAAUACUUUUUCUCUCUCAUUAUAUAUAUAUAUAUGUAUGUGUGUAUAUAUAUUUAAUUAUAUGCAUGUCAUGCAGAAUAGGUAAAAUUGGUCAAUUAGCAAGAACUCAUUUAAAAUUAAGUCCUUUCUAAAACUUUCUCUUAUACUUUUAAAGAUAUAUAUUUUUUCAUUUAUGUUAUUGUAAAAAUUAAUAAUUUUGUACCAAAAGAACCUUAGAAAACUUGCCUAACCUUAUUAUAACAAGUAAAAUUUAAUUUAGCCUAAUCCAACUAAACAUAUUUUAGAUAAGUUCACAAUAACUUAAUAAUAAACAAACACAAUGAAAUAUAUAUAUUUUUUUUUGUUAGAUUCAGAAUGAUUUUCGUGAAAUUAUUGCAUACACAGAUUUUCACUUGCCUUAAUUGGCAAGAAGAGUGUUGCUAUGUAAGCCAGAAUCACAAAUUUUACCUAUUUGGCAUAACAUUUUAUAUAUAUAUAUAUAUAUAUAUAUAUAUAUUUUUUUUUUUUUUUUUUUUCAACAAGUCGGUCGUCUCCCACCGAGGCAGGGUGACCCAAAAAAAGAAAGAAAAUCCCCAAAAAGAAAAUACUUUCAUCAUCAUUCAACACUUUCACCACACUCACACAUUAUCACUGCUUUUGCAGAGGUGCUCAGAAUAUAACAGUUUAGAAACAUAUACGUAUAGAGAUACACAACAUAUCCCUCCAAACUGCCAAUAUCCCAAACCCCUCCUUUAAAGUGCAGGCAUUGUACUUCCCAUUUCCAGGACUCAAGUCCGACUAUAUGAAAAUAACCGGUUUCCCUGAAUCCCUUCACUAAAUAUUACCCUGCUCACACUCCAACAGAUCGUCAGGUCCCAAGUAUCAUUCGUCUCCAUUCACUCCUAUCUAACACGCUCAUGCACGCUUGCUGGAAGUCCAAGCCCCUCACCCACAAAACCUCCUUUACCCCCUCUUUCCAACCCUUUCGAGGACGACCCCUACCCCUCUUUCCUUCCCCUAUAA